UUUAAUAAUAUAGUACUACAGUACACGCGCAUGCUCUGUGCGGUGUUAUUAUCUUAGCGUUUCUGUCGGAAUUACGUUUGUUUGUUGAACGAAUACGUCUUUUUGUUGCUAUAUUUUCUUUGUAGAAAAAUAAAAACAACUUAAUGGCAACGACACCGCAUAAAAGAGUUGUGAUCGUCGGUGCGGGUAUUAUCGGUGUGAAUUCGGCGCUGGAAGUUCAGAGGAGAUAUCCGAAUUACGACCUGACCCUGAUAGCGGACAAGUUCAACGGAGACACUCUCAGUGACGGCGCCGCUGGAUUGUUGCGGCCGGACACGUACAUUUUUGGUCCCAGCCUAGAAAUAUCUCAGCAAUGGGUCAAUGAUUCUUAUAGUUUUUAUGAAAAUCUAUUAAGAAAUAGGGAUGAACCAUGUGGCAUAAAUGAAGUUUCUGGUUACAUAUUUUCGACUAAGAAUCCAGAUAUUACAAAAAACCAUUACAUGAACAAUUGCUCACAAGACUUCAGAGAAGCUACUGAUGAGGAAUUAAAAUCGCAUUCGUUUGCUGAGAGUCAACUUAAAAUAAAGUAUGGUAGCUUCUUUACGUCGAUAGUUGUUGAAUGUAAACUAUUUUUACCGUGGGCUUUAAAAAAAAUUAGUGAUAACGGUGGAGCUAUUAUUAACCGAAAAAUCGAAUCUUUUGAAGAACUAUGUGGAGAAUAUGAUAUUAUUUUUAACUGCACUGGGUUCAGAGCCGGAAAAUUAUGUAAUGAUGUUAAUGUGUCGCCUAUUCGUGGACAAGUAAUUCGGGUCAAAGCUCCUUGGGUUGAUAAAUUUUACUAUCUCGAUUCCGACACAUAUAUAAUUCCGUCAAUAAGCGACGGGACUGUUGUACUAGGUGGAUGUAGACAUUUUGGUAGUCAUAAUGAGCAGGUGAAUGAACGCAACACAGAAGAAAUACUGGAAAAUUGUAUCAGAUUAUUGCCAUCAUUAAAAGAAGCGUUAAAAACGGACUACAAAGUUUGGGUUGGUCUUAGACCUUAUCGGAAUAAAAUUCGUGUAGAAACUGAACAUAUAAAAAAUGAUACCGUGAUUGUACACAAUUAUGGGCACGGAGGAUAUGGAGUAACAUUAGCGCCCGGAACAGUGAAAUAUGCAGUUAACUUAUUGACUUCAGUUUACACAUGAUUUAACAACAAAAUGCAGUUGCGAACUCGGUUAUAGUAGUAUAUAUUGUAUAGCAGCACAUAUAAUAUAAUAUCAGUGUCAAUUCUAAGGAUUUUUGUCAACAACGCAUUAAAUUCACUAUUCUUAACUGUACUAAAAUAUCAUUAUUUAUAUAAAUAUGAUUAGGUAUGUAACAAUGUAUCUAAUAAAACAUUCAAGUCAAAUUUUAUUUAGGUA